AUGGCAGUAAUUGCAUAUAAAAAGGCUAGCGGUGCAACUGCGAUAGCCGAAGAACUAUGCCCCGAAAAGGUAAAUUUAUUUAAAAGUGUCAGUUUGUCAGCAAACACCGUGGCUUGGCGGGUGCAAGACAUCGCAGAAAAUAUACGAGUAUCAUCUCAACUGUCUGACAAAAAUGGACAUCAUGAGUGGUUUUCUCUAGCAUUGGAUGAGUCAACGGAUGUGUCAUAUAUUGCUCAAGUGUUGAUUUUUAUUCGCGGAAUAGAUAAAAGCUAUGAAGUGUAUGAAGAACUUCUUGAUGUUGAUAGUAUUCAUGGCACGACAACUGGGGAAGAUAUUUUGAAGGGAGUUGAAAAUGCCGUUAAUAAAAAGAACCUUCGAUGGAAAAAUUUGAAAUCUAUUACAACUGAUGGAGGCAAAAAUAUGAGUGGUAAAAAUAAAGGAGUAGUUGCACUUGUGUCAAAGGCUGUAGAAAAUGAUGAUUUUGAUAUCAUUGCGAAUGAAAUUAAGCUUUUUCAAAGUUCUUUUGAUUCUGACAUUGAAACCCUGGCUCCGGGAGUCCAAAUGGAAAUUAUUGAUUUAGAGUGCAGUGAUAUGAUUAAGAACAAAUAUCAAAAUUCAUCUUUGCUGGAAUUUUAUAAGAGUCUUCCAUUGGAACAAUUUGAUAAUUUGCAUAAGUUUGCACGCUCCUGCAUUGCCAGCGCGCCCAGUAGAAUCGUGGGUGGUGAAGUGACUACGAUCGACAAUUACCCAUCAAUAGUCCAAGUGGACUACUUUGGAGUUUUUACACAGACAUGGUCACAGUCGUGCGCCGCUAACAUCCUCAACUCCUUAUAUGUCCUAUCUGCUGCUCACUGCUUCAUUGGCAUAUUUUACCAGCCAUCAUUUCGCCGGAUCCGAGCUGGUGCCACUUUCCGCAAUACCGGCGGUAGCGUCAUUAACGUUGCUCAAGAAUUCAACCACCCGUCUUAUGGUACCCCUGGCAUGGGCGCUGACGGUGACAUCACAGUGGUCCGUUUGGUCCAAAACAUAGAAUUCAAUCCUGUGAUCCAACCAGGCGCAAUCGUCCCUCAAGGUUAUCAAAUUCCCGAUAAUAUGCCUGUUGUUCAUGCUGGAUGGGGAACAACUUCGGAAGGAGGUCAGCUAUCCGAGCAGCUGCGUGACGUAACUAUUUACACAGUCAACAACGAUCUCUGCCGUGAACGCUACGCCGCUUUUAACCCUCUCAUGGUCGUGACCCCUAACAUGAUCUGUGCUGGUAUACUCGAUGUCGGCGGUAAAGACUCCUGCCAGGGUGAUUCCGGCGGUCCUAUGUACUUCUCUGAUAUUCUCGUUGGCGUCGUAUCUUGGGGUGAAGGAUGCGGAAACGCAACCUUCCCAGGCGCCAGUACGGCCGUAGGCUCAUACACAAACUGGAUUGUGUCUAUUGCCGUUUAA